GAGCUUUUUACUUCUACGCCAACCCUUCCUAUCUCUCUCUCCCCCACAAAGCUUUUAUUAUCGCCAUACGCGUUCUCUCUUCCCCCAAUUCGAAUCCCCCGAUUCAAUCCAUUCCAUUUCAACUUCGCUGUCCGUAAUGUCCGAUUCGAAUAUCAUCGACGCACCGCCGGCGGAGGUGCCGCCGGAGAUCGAAGCUCAAACUCAGGAAAAGCACCAGCAAGAGCCCGACAAGAAGCCGGGCAACAAGAGCAUCACCUUCACCAUCUGGCCCCCGACGCAGCGCACCCGCGAGGCCGUGGUGAACCGCCUCGUUGAGACCCUCUCGACCGUCUCCGUUCUCUCUAAGCGUUAUGGCACCCUGCCACACGACGAGGCCUCCGCGGCCGCCCGCCUAAUUGAGGAAGAGGCGUUCUCCGCCGCAUCCGGCUCCGGCUCCGCAGAAGACGACGGCAUCGAGGUCCUCCAGGUCUACUCCAGGGACAUCAGCCGCCGUAUGCUCGAGACUGUCAAGAACCGUGCCACUACUGGCUCUACGGUCGAUACCACUGCGCGGCAGACUCCAAGUCCGUCCGUGGAGCCCACCACCACUAUUGCCAGUGAGGAGAACUUGUCCGCUGAGACUGAAUCUUGAACUAUCUUUAGAGUUUAGAGCUUAUAUUAUGUAAGGGUUCCUGUUUUUUGGGAUAGUAUGUGCUACAUUCAGACCUACUUGUACUCUUUAUGGAUUUUGAUGCGUAUUUGAUGAUAAUUACCCUCUUUAAUGA